GUUCCUUUUCCUCCAAGUAAGAGUAGCUUUCCUCUUUGUUCUUCGCAUUUGGCAGAGGAGUAUUUAUUUACUGGAGAGUCACAAAAUUGUGUCGAACUUUCACGUUCUCCAGAACUCUUCAUCGGUCAAGAUGAUACAAAAAGCAGGCAUUGGUGAGACGAGGAAUUUUUAAUUUUUAAAAAAUAUAUAGAAUAGGUUGGAUGUUGUAACCUUGAGGUCAGCUGGUAGGGUAACUACAGGGGGAAAUGGUAUUACUUUGUGGUGGAGAAACUAUGUAGGUUUUGCUUUAUGCACACAUAUGACGUUGUUAUAAAGACAGCUGACCGUUUCUUUGGGUUGUAUUCAAAGUAGUGCUAAGGGGAGGGUUCCAUCAGCACGACUGCAUAAUUCAACUUUUCCGUCUCUCCUUUUCUCCUCCACACCCCCUAAAACUGUUCUGGGACACCCCCCCCCCUCUGAAACUAAUAUGGGGAUGGGGGGAGCAUGAUUGGGGGGACAAGUGCCCUUUCACAAUUGGAACUCAUUCUGCUUGUGCAAUAAUUUAGAUGAAUACCACCCAUUGUGUGGUUUCUUUUAUGUAUGAUUUUAUUUUUCUCGUCUUUUGGGGACAACUGAAGACUGUAGUGUAGGCCUUCGUUUGCAUUUUGUUAAGUGCUAUGAUCAGGCUGAUAAAUGAUGAGUUGGUUGGUUGGUUGACUGAGUUAUUAUCUAAAGAAUUUCAUAUCAUGUAUGUGCAAAGAAGACACUAUCAUUUGGCUUUACCAAAUGGACCAUCCCUAUUUCUUCCAGAGGUGCAUAACAUCCAAAUUGGCAAGAGCUCGGGUGUUGUGGCGGAAAACCUAGGAAAGGCUACAAACAGUUAUCAAGUUUGCUAAUUCUGUCUUGAAAGUACUAAACAGGCCUAGGAUUACAAGAAGAAUGUGGUAUAGUAAUAUGGAUUUAAGACAAUAAGAAAAGAGUUGAAUAGAAAAGAGUUGGUGGUUCCCUCAUUGCGAGAAGUGAGGUUACAGGGAACCAGACAGAGGGCCUUAUCGGUAGUGGCGCCUGCCCUGUGGAACACCCUCCCUUCAGAUGUGAAGGAAAUAAGCAGCUAUCUUCUUUUUAAAAGAUAUCUGAAGGCAGCCCUGUUUAGGGAAGUUUUUAAUAUUUAAUGCAGUAUUGUUUUUAACACUUGAUUGGAAGCCGCCCAGAGUGGCUGGGGAAACUCAGCCAGAUGGGCGGGGUAUAAAUAAAUUAUUAUUAUUAUUAUUAUUAUUAUUAUUAUUAUUAUUAUUUAGUAAACUGAAGGAACUAAUUAUAUAGAAAGAUGUUUGGGAGAACUGUUAAAAGGUGAUAUAACAAAAUUCAGUUAGGGGGGAUUUGAGGAAGUCACUUAACAAUGGAAUUUAAAAUGAAUAUGAGAAGGAAUAUGUCUUUUUGUUUUUAUUUAUUUUUUCUUUCUUACUAUUGUAAUGUGUUUUGUUUUGUGUGUUUUAUAUGUUAUAUUUGUUAUAAAUGUGGAAAAUCAAUAAAAACAUUUGGGAAAAAAGUUUGCUAAUUCUGAGAGCUCCAGCAAGGAACAGCAACUUGCUGGUGACCAGUCUGCUUUCUCUCUUUUAGGAAAAAAAAUAGUAAUCAAUGGCAUCACUUGCCAGGCUGGUCAUUUUGUCCAUUCAGCCUGACAGUGAUGAGAACGCAGUGUUAGCAUUCCAAUCACGAAGAGAAAGCUAUAAAAGUCACAGCCUCCAAGCUGAAGUAGUGCUUUAGAAAAAAAACCCCACUUUGUGCGUCUCAGUACAACACAGUACGUCAAUGGAGACAAAAAGCUUGCCUAUUUUAGCCUUCUGUGUUUUUUAUGGUACCCAUUGAAUGAAGUGCAUGCAGCAGGGAAAUGUGAACAUGAAUAAACCAAGGUAUCUGUGUCAGCUUUACUUCCUUGGAAUAAGCAAAGGGGUGUUUCUGGGGUCUAGUAACUAGACUCUAGUUCCUACUGAGGAAUCUUUUUUCCUCUUCCUCCCCUUUACCACCGCUUCCAACUCUCUCCUAUGCUCUCUGCUUUCUCACUUUCUCCUGAAGCUGAUUCCUCUGGGCUCAUUGGGCUGGAGUAAGAAUAGGCUACAAAUAAGUUGGUAAGGAAAGUUCACAAGUAAUUUGGGGGUGUGGUGUGCAGAAUGGGUGCAGGAUAAACUGGAGCCAAGGAAGCCUAUUUUAAAAGUAUAUAUGUAACAUUUCCAGUAAUGUGAAAGACUUUGCUCAGCAGCAAACCACACAUUAUGCCAACUCAAAUAUUGAGUUGCCAGUGACCACAUUUGGGAUUUUGAGAAAGUGCCGUUGGUGCCUGCUACAAAAUGGCUCCUGUAGAGUGUAUGGAGUAACACAAAAUGGCUGCCCCAUCAGUGGGGGGAAAAGGCUCCUGUAUCAGCUACCGCCACACUUUCUCACAUAGAAAAGCACUUUGCCCCUCUCCUCUGUUCAGUACAGAAGGGAAGGUGGGUGCCCAAUCUGUGGGAUAGCCAUCCUCAUAUAACCAACACGCUGAAGUAUAAUUAAUGCAUGAAGGGGUUAAUACCAGUUGUCCUGCCCGGCUUAGCUCACCUUGGGAAGAAGGUAACCAUGCCUUUGCUCCCUUCAGUCUACCUGAUGAACUCAGCGUGUGAAGAGGCUAAGCUGGUUGCUCCAGCUCAGCCGCAUGGCUCUCACAAGCCAUUCUUGUGUUCCUAUACCAAUAACUUAGGAACUUUCACACUUUGGAACUAAACCAGGCAUAGGCAACCUCGGCCCUCCAGGUGUUUUUGGCCUACAACUCCCAUGAUCCCUAGCUAACAGGACCAGUGGUCAGGGAUGAUGGGAAUUGUAGUCUCAAAACAUCUGGAGGACUGAUGUUGCCUAUGCCUGAACUUACUGCCUGUGCCACCUUUCUGACUGAUGUAAGAAAAGGCACAUGAACCUGGUCUUUGAAGAGUUUGUAAGUAAACCUAAUUUUAACUUACUAAACAUGGGGUCUUUUCCUGUGCUGGGGCAAGAGAGAAGCUUUGGGAUGCACAAGGGCACAUUUUAAAGGUCUAUACUUCCCCACUUUACUUUGCUGUGGAUUUUUGAGGGGAUAUUUACUGAAACUUUUUUGAGAGUGGUACAGGAGGCACUGUAUGUGACAAAGUCUCUUUGGGGGACAGUGCCAGGAAGGAGAGGUUUAAGCAGUUCCUUCUUUGACGCAACCUGUCCUCUUCUGAGAGAGGGGAGCUUUGCAGCUACUUUAGACAGUUGCUGAGCAAUACGUGGCUUCGCCCUUCAUGUGUGCCUGGGUAUGCAAUUAACAAGGCUGCUGUGUCUAAAUAUUGAGUCGCAAAUGUUCACCCUUUUGUUCCUGAAGUACAAAAGAAAAUGUUCUGAAGGUAAGAAAUGGAGAAGACGGGGCUGAUCUGCAUUAUUGACUCGGUCAUCUUCAGAAAGCAGCAUUGUGACUCCCAGUCUUUGAAGGGAGAUGAUGGCUCAUCAAUUAGGCAAACUCGCCGUGUUGGGUGAUGGCUUCCUUAAAGCACACACUCCACAACCUGAGAAUGAUUCUCUUCUUAAGUUAGGGAAGUGGAACAUAGCCAGUUGCUGCCCCACUGCUAAGGGUGAGCUGUGAGCAGUUGUCACAGGUGGGCUGAGAAAGAGGGAUGUGGAAUACAUCAAUGGCAGGACAUCUGCUUUGUCUGCCGAAGGUUCCAGAUUCAGCAUUUGGCAUCUCUGGGAAGAACUGGGAGUAUCUCCUGCCUGGCAUCUAGCCUCUCAGCCUACCCUACCUUUCAGGGUUGUUGUGAGAAUGAAAUGGGGAGGGGGAGAAUCAUGUACACCAGUGUUCCCCAACCUUGGGCCUCCAGCUGUUUUUGGACUACAAUUCCCAUCAUCCUUGACCACUGGUCUUGCUAGCGAGGGAUGAUGGGAGUUGUAGUCCAAAAACAGCUGGAGGCCCAAGGUUGGGGAACACUGAUGUACACCACCUCAAGUUCCUUGGAAGAUAUAAGUGUAACCCUAAAGAAAAUAUAAAUAUUUGUUUUAACAAGCUGCUCUGAACCAGGAGCUUUGGCUGAAAGGUAGCUAAUACAUUUCUUGAACAAAUAAACUAUGUAAAAAAAAUAAAUCCACACUACUGGGAGCGAUGGACAGCAUUCUUGCUCUGAAAAGAUCAAUUGAGCAGAAGGAUAACUCAUCCUCUAGAAUCUUGCUUCCCCUUUCUGGGCGGCGGUGGCUGAGGACGUUGCCAAAGUUGACUGUUCCUUGCUAAUAAAGUGCUCCCAACACGUACUUUGUCAACACCACUUCCAGCUAGCCUCUUGAUCUGCUUUUAAAACAGCACUACUAGAAUGCAUGUCCCUGUAUUUAAAUGUUGCUCAUUGAUGCAGCUGACGUGUCCUCAUCCAUUUCCCCUCUUCCCCUCCCCACGACCAGAUCUAUAAAGAGUCUAGCUAUGGUUGGCUUGGAGCAUUGGUCACCUGUUGAGCAGCCCCUGAGGAAGCAGGUAAGUGGGAUGCUCUCGCUUUGCCCAUUCCUCUUCUCUGGGUUCCUGGGAGGGAGACAAAAAGCAGCAGAAAGGCUUCUGUCCUUUGAGACGGACUGAAUAGAAAGAAAGAAGUCUAAACCAUGUUAUUUGUUGUGGGCAGGUAUGAAGGCAGCCAAGUUAGACUGUUUAUUCUUAUUUUCCUCCUUUCCCCCUUUUUGUGGUGAUCUCCCUUUCCUGCAAGUUUACCUGUAUAAACAAAGAUCUGCUUCCCAGUUAUUUGAUUUUGUGAGUGUAUAUUAUUUUUAUAGCCCAAGCAGCUCUAAGGUUUAUGUGCUGUGCAGUACCAUGCAUCUCACUGCAAGCAGUGAACUUUAUUUGCUAAGUGUGUUUAGGAUAACAGCCUUAUUCAUAAUUUUACCCCACCUGUUCGAUCUUAACAAAGCUCUUCAGGCAGCUAGUUCAAUGGUGUUUACUUUUGAGUAAGUAUGUAUAGGAUCCCACCCCUAAAAUGUGAUCCCUCCUCACUGAUUGGCUUAUUCCUAAAUUCCACUGAUAAGGAAUAAGCCACAGCGGGUAGCUCUGUGGUCUAAACCACUGAGCCUCGGGGGCUUGCCGAUUGGGAGGUUGGUGGUUCGAAGCCCCGCAAAGGGGUGAGCUCCCGUUGCUCUGUCCCAGCUCCUGCGAACCUAGCAGUUCGAAAGCAUGCCAGUGCAAGUAGAUAAAUAGGUACCACUGCGGCAGGAAGGUAAACAGCGUUUCCGUGCUCUCUGGUUUCUGUCACAGUGUCCUGUUGCACCAGAAGCAGUUUAGUCCUGCUGGUCACAUGACCCGAAAAGCUGUCUGCGGACAAACAUUGUCUCCUUUGACCUGAAAGCAAGAUGAGCGCUGCAACCCCUUAGUCGCCUUUGGCUGGACUUAACCAGGGGUCCUUUACCUUACCCACAUUGGAAAUAGAAAGGUGGUUUUUGCACACUUGGUUUUCUGUGGCAUUUGUCUGUGCCUCAUGGUAAUCAUGUGCAGCAGUAGAUUCCCACCCCCCUUAAAAGUUAAGGCCUGAUAUCCAAAACAAGUCUUGCUCACUGUUCACCCAGCAGGCUUAAAAAGUCAUCUACUAAAGGUCCUCACAGCUGACAGAGUAAAAUGCACAGCACAGUUUGCUGAAAAUAAUCAGGUGUAAAUCUUGUAGCCAGAAAGUCUGAUCUUGUGAUAGCGCCCUGUUCUCUUAGUGGCAAUAGUUCCAGCGAAUUCACCACCUCAAGUAAGUGGGAAGGGAUUGAGAAGUGCAAGCAUAUCUAUUCCACUGGCUAAUCGAUGAGUGUGGAGGAUUGUCCUUCUGAUGUCCUUCAGUAACUGGAAUCCUGUGCACACUUACUAAGGAGUAAACACCACUGGUUGCAGCGAGGAAUUACUUCCGAGUAAACAUGCACGGGAUUGUGGGGUAAGGGACUGAGGGGAUGCUUGCAUGCACAGUCCUGAAGUUAGUGCAUAUUGUAGAGGGAUGAGGUGUCAGAACCCCCAAAUGUUCCUAUUUUCCAAGUAUAGCCCCAGAAAUACAGACGCUGUCCUGGUUUCUGAUUUGAUCCCAUAAUGUCCUGCUUUUCCUUAGGACGUCCCUAAUUUCAUUAGAGAAAUGUUGGAGUGUAUGGAACUAUGCGACCCCCGAGCCAAGGAGAUACCGUAUUUUUCACUCCACAAGGCGCACCUGACCAUAAGGCGCACCUACUUUUUUGGGGGGGGGGGAUUCAAGAAAGAAAGAAAAUGCGGCUCUUGGAGGCUUUUGCGGGAGGUGGGGGGAGUGAGAGAGCCUCGCUCUGUCCCUUCCCCCACCUUCCGCAAAAGCCAUGGAUAGCUGUGUGAAGCCUCCCCAGGGCAGCAGGAUGAAGGCUCCCUGCUGCCCUGCGGAGGCUUCGCGGCUACCCCAGAGGUGCUCAGGAGCUUGUGGGGUUGGCGGGGGAAGCCCAGGUUCCCCCCCCCCAGCCCCAGGGACCACACAUUCGCUCCACAAGACGCACAGACAUUUCCCCUUAGAUUUUAAGAGGAAAAAAGUGUGUCUUAUGGAGCGAAAAAUACGGUAAGUAAAUCUACAACCUUUAGAAGACAUCUGAAGGCAGCCAUAGAGCUGUUUUAUGAGGUGAAAGUGUGAAAUAUGGUAAUAAGCAGCGAGGUUUCCCCUCCCCCAGGGUACUCACCACUAUACAGUAUUGCCACCAUUUUUAUUUGUUUGUUUAUUUGCUGUCCACAGCAGCCAUCUUGUGCUGGCACCCACGGCACUUGUACCAAGAUAUGAAUACCUUUUUCUUUCCUUUCCCCCCUUUUCCCCCAACCAAAAACCCAACUAGAAAUGAGGGAAAAUAAAGAGAGUGCCUCUGAGCAUAUGGAGAACAGGUGUUCAUCCCCGCAGGCCUGGCGCAGCAAUAAAACUGCCAGCACAUUUGCCAAGCUAAGCAGGGUCUGUUAUGGUUUCAAACUGGAUGGGGAACUAUAUGUUGAGAUUCCUGAAUUACAGGGGGUUUGACUAGAUGACCCCACGGUAACUUCCAACUCUAUGAUUUUUAUGAACUGAAAUCGGCAGGCGCAGGUUAUAUAGACAGAGCAAGCUUUUUAAAUGUUUAAUAUUUUGUUUUAUAUGUUGGAAGCCACCCAGAAUGGCUGGGGCAACCCAGUCAGAUGGAUGGGGUGUAAAUAAUAAAAUUAUUAUUAUAAUGGAAUAGGAAGUCCCUAUUUUCAUCAGAGAAAUAUUGGCGGGCAUGAGGUGUUCUGACCAUGAAAGGAGGGGAGCGAGUUAUCUUCUUCUUUGCCUCAGGCAACGGGAAUGGUUGCCUUAAAUCCCUUGCUUGUACACUUUUGAAGGCAUCUGACUGUUUGGAAACAGAAUUCUUGACAUCCUAGAUAGUCUUGGUCUGAUUCAGCAGUAGAUGAACCCUGAACUGUUUUUCUUUUUUAAAAGAAGUAUCUCUAUUUAGCCAGCAGUCAAAGAAAUAACACAUUCAUGAUUUAACUUUUUAAAAGUGUACAUAUUUAUUUCUUCAUGCCCCGCUUUUCUCAGAGACAUAAACAAUGCAAAUAAUGGAUUCCACAUGGAAACUUUCAAACUGUGUGUGUUCCUGUUUGCUAAGGCUGCUGGGAGUUGUUUGGAGACCCCUCACGGCACCACAAUUCUCAGCACCCUUAAGAAACCACAGUUCCUACGAUUCUUUGUGGAAAGCCAGUGUAAAAGAGGGCUUUCAAUGUAUGGUGUGACCAGCAUAAAUAAAUCAAUCCACAUGGCAACACUCCUCUGGGCCCCAUUGCACUGACUGGGUACAUCUUUUGUUGUCCAUAGGGAUGCCACCAGCUACUAUGGGCUUAGCCACACCGUCAUUUGUUCCACCGCUUUGCUCUGGGAAUACCUCCUCUUUAGUGCUGAAUCGGAACAAACAGCAAUCGGGUUUCUUGCGGGUUGCCGUUUGUUCCAAUUUAGCACUAAAGAGUGCAUUUCCCUUGGGAAAGUGGUGGGGGAUGGCAGAACCACUCAGACCCAUGCCUAGAAAGCGCAGAAACCUUGCUUAGACCUGUGCGUGGUCAAACCCAGAGGGUCUAGUAAACCAUGAUGAGAGUGGGAUUAGGGCAAUUAAACUGAAGGAGAAGGCAUUUAUAUGUCGAAUUCUUCAGCUGGAUAGUAGUUCCAGCAAUGAAGAAAGGAGAAGUGUCAUUAACACAGGACCAUAACAGUUGGCAAUGACUCCAUUGAGAGAGCGGGGCUGGCACUUAAUAAUCUUGUACCACACUAUGUUAUGUAUUGAUGAGUGAAUUAGUUCACAAAUAUGGACUAUUUGGUUCUGUUUAAGCCUUUUAAGCUUUGUGUGCAGCUCUCAAUUGCCAGUUGGUGACUUUCCUCCUUCUCAAUGAUGCAUUAUAAUUUCUUGAAAGCGGGUAUAUUUCUCCUUAUUCUUUCUUUUCCAUGUUUAUGCCUCAGGUUUCUAGAGACGACUCAUCAUGUGUGGUCUUGCCUUGGGGUUUCCUCCGUAUCAGUUUUGUCCUCGACCCAAAUCAUCAAAACUGAUUACAGUCUACAUCUUGGUGCUGAUUCUAUCAGUCAGUUUCACUUCCGGCCAAAGAAGCUACUUUAAACACCAGAUUGACAACCGAAGUGAGUAGCAACUUCUCUGCUUUUCAUAUUCUUACUCUUUUGCUUUUACUUAAAAAAAAUAAAUCCAGAAAAUCAAAUUUCAAAGGUCGUGUUAAAGGGUAAAGGGACCCCUGACCAUUAGGUCCAGUCGUGACUGACUCUGGGGUUGCAGCGCUCAUCUCGCUUUAUUGGCCGAGGGAGCCGGCGUACAGAUUCCGGGUCAUGUGGCCAGCAUGACUAAGCUGCUUCUGGAGAACCAGAGCAGUGCACGGAAAUGCCGUUUACCUUCCCGCCAGAGCGGUACCUAUUUAUCUACUUGCACUUUGACGUGCUUUCGAACUGCUAGGUUGGCAAGAGCAGGGACCGAGCAACGGGAGCUCACCCCGUCACGGGGAUUCGAACUGCCGACCUUCUGAUCAGCAAGUCCUAGGCUCUGUGGUUUAACCCACAGCGCCACCCACGUCCUUUUAAAGGUCAUGUUAGGUCUGUGUGAAAUGUCAGAAUGAUGCUAGCAGGACUAAAUUAGGAGUGUAGGAAGAGGAAGUUUUUAACUUCCUGUCUUGCAUUUUGCCCAACUAUAAUUCCACCUCCAGGGUACUUACCGUAAGCUGUUAAAAGGGUUUGAGCCAGGUCAACAGCUCCUUCUCAUUUUUCAUCCCAUCUUCCCUCAGCCAAUGCUCUCAGCAGUCUGUGGCUCAACUGCUCUCAAGAUUCCUUACGUUUUCGAAGCUCACAGAGCCAUUUUGAGGAGUUUUAAAAUAGCCAAACAAAUUUACCUUUGGAUAGCCCAGUUUUGCUACUAAUGAAAAGUUGGUUAUUAUAGAAGGAAAUGAUAACAAGGAACUGAAUGAGUGAAACAUAAACUCUGGAACCAUGAAAUAAGCCUACCUUAAGCCAGUUUGGAUUGUUGUUAUUUUGUUCUCAAUGAACAGUCUGUGGGGAGCAGGGAGUCUUCUGGCAAUUAAGGUGAAGAUCAUGAGGGACAAAACUAACUUCUGCAGAGCAUAAAGACUCAUUCCAUUAAAUGUUAUGGAAAUUUGCGGUUGAGAUGCAUGAGAAAUUCCAUCUUUGCAAGUUUCUGUACCAGAUGUCCUGAACUGCCUUUUUCAGACUAAUAUCUGCAUUGGGACUUAGAUGUUGCAACUCUCCAAAUAUUGUGAUAUAGUUCUUGGGAGUUUAAAUAAGUAUUUGAGUAAGUUUUUUUGGGGGGGGGUAAACAUUGCAAAUUAGUGUGGACAUGUAAUUGACUUACGAGUAAAGUCUGUGUGAGAGAGAUGGACAUAAAAUAGAUAGAUUCAUCUGUCCCUAAUCCUAGGUAUUUUACAGAGAAAGUAAAAAGCAAGCUGCUAUAGAUUCUUCUGUACUGGCCCCCAAAAUGCAAAGCCCUUAAAUAACAAAACAAACAAGAAAAUACAGGAGCCCUAAAAUACCCAGACCUAUAUGUAUUUCAUCUUCAAGGAAUGCUGAGUGCUGUGACUUGUAGUUGCGCUGCAAAUUGGGCAAAUUCCUCUCUCAUUUUGUACCAUUUUCUCUGUAUUUGCUUUGCAAUUUGUGCAUCGCUUAUUCUGGUCUUGCAAGUCAUAGGGAGGGGCAAUGCCCUAUGGAAGACAGUGGGACUCUUCACCUCCUUCUCUGCCCCACCAAAGAUCUGUUUCAGCCACUACUACUAAUAUACACACCUCAAGGGCACUGCAAGUAGGCUAGGCAAGGGAACUGUGUUGAAUCAGGUGAGAGAGUGGUCUUGUCCGGGCUGUAAGUUGUUUAGCCUCACCACAAUGCAUCUAUCAACAACAGGAUUGUGGAACCACUCUGGCUGAAUUCCAGAUCCUGAAUCCAAUUAGGCCAGUGUGGGUUGCUUUAGGAUUGGGCUGGAGUGAGUUGAGGCAGCCCCAAGUCACAUUGAGUUCACUUGGAGUAAUCUGGGGCUGUCAAAGUGGGUGGAGGCUGGGUGGCACAGGGAGGAGACACAGGCAGGGCUUAAUUAAAUUAAUUAAUCAAUGUGCAACACCUUGAUUCAGUUUGGGGCCAGCUGCAGAUCAUCCCGGGUUGUGCUGGAGCCAUUCCAAAGUGCCACAUGGUGGUGAUGUGCAGUCUUGAUUUCCAUUUCAAGUUGCAUAGUGAAUAUAUCACCUGUCCUUUGACUCUUGUUGAUACUAUCCCUUUUAUGAUAUGCAUUAUUGGUAAAAAAUAUUGAAGGCAUGUUCUUCCCUUGGGUUUGUUUUAUAUACCGUCUGUCAAUAGCGACAAACCUUUGAGUGUUUUCCAAGAGACCAGGGGAUUUACAUUGCUAAGCCAAGCAUUGCUAACCGAUAAAUGGGUUGAUAGGUCUAUGUUCAUCAACUGCUUUGAAUUCCAGGUCCUGAGAUUGAUCCAUUUUGGUAUGUGGGGCGUGGAGUUCGACCCAUUGGCCGGUUUGGGAAAAGGCAGCUGAAGUUCGGUCGGAAUAAUCUGCGGUCUAGAAGCAGAAACCUGGAACUUAUCUUGACUGCUUUACAAAAACAAGCAGCACUAGAAGCAGAUGAUGAUGGCUGGUGACUUUCUUUCUGCUCAUUAUACUUAACAGAAACAAACUUUCUUUUCUUUUUUUCACUUUAAGUGCCAUCUCCUUUCUACACACCCAUGCUCAUUUGCCUGGUCUCGAUUUGCUGCCCUGUACUUAUUUCGUGUGCAAAUGGCAUGUACUUAAGAUUCAAAAUCUUGAAUCCAAUUCACGUCCAAUUCGUGUAGUGAGCACAAAUUCAGUCCCAUCUUCCACCCCAUUACCUUAGUCAGGAGACCAACAGUCUCAGAGCUGACCAUGAGAGCUGUUUAUGAUGGUCCAUACAGCAUGUGCCAUAAUACACACAUUACCAGAAACUGGAUGCAAGGGGACUUUACUCCAUGGGGUACCCAUUUGUAUGCACAGGAAGCAGUGGUCACUCUUGCUUAACUGGGAUAAUUUUACUAUUACACUGGGCAAAAGAUGCCUGCAUUGCAGGGCGCUGGACCCUCGCGGUCACUUCCAACUCUACAAUUCUAUGAUAGUUCGACCAAAAAGAUAUGCACUUGAAAUAAGUUGUGUAAAAAGUUAUCGGUUGCAUCCUCUCCUGCAAUAUUUCACAGUGUGUUAUAAUGAAUGAAAACAACAUUGAUAAAAGCAUUAUGUAACGGUCACUAUUAAAAAGAAAGAAAGAUGUGAAA